ACCGCGGGCAGCGGCCCCCUGCAGAAGUAGCUCCCUCGCGAUUCACCAGAGCCUUCCCAGGCCCCUGGGCCCGCUCCCGGCCUCGCGCGUCCUAAUCCCAACAGCUGUAGAGGCCGCCGCGGGGACAGGCAGCAAUUUCGGGGACCACACUCCGGCACAGUGCGGGGGAGCCACGCACCACCCGCGCCUGGGUCGCCCUGCGCCCAGGCGGUUCAGCGCCCCCUCGGGCUCGGGCUGGCCUUCCCGGGGCGGCGGGCGCGGCAGACCGCGAUGCCGGGGCGCGCUCCCCUCCGCGUGGCCCGGGGGGCCCUGGGCGCCUGGCUGCUGGGCGGCCUCUGGGUCUGGGCGCUGAGCGGGCUUUGCGGCCCGGGGGCGGCGGCGGCGCCGCGGACCGGGGUUGGGGUCGGGGCCGAGGGCUCCCCGGGGACGCCGCGCCCGUGCCAGGCGCCGCAGCAGUGGGAGGGGCGCCAGGUGCUGUACCGGCAGAGCAGCGGGCGCAACAGCCGCGCCCUGCUCUCCUACGACGGGCUCAACCAGCGCGUGCGGGUGCUGGACGAGAGGAAGGCGCUGAUCCCCUGCAAGAGGUUAUUUGAAUAUAUUUUGCUCUAUAAGGAUGGAGUGAUGUUUCAGAUUGAACAAGCCACCAAGCAGUGCUCCAAGAUCAUCCUGACGGAGCCCUGGGAUCCUCUAGAUAUUCCUCAGAACUCCACCUUUGAGGACCAGUACUCCAUAGGGGGGCCCCAGGAGCAGAUCACCGUCCAGGAGUGGUCCGACAGAAAGUCAGCUAGAUCAUAUGAAACCUGGAUUGGAAUUUAUACAGUCAAGGAUUGUUAUCCCGUCCAGGAAACCUUCACCAAAAAUUACAGUGUGAUAUUGUCCACGCGGUUUUUCGACGUACAGCUGGGCAUUAAAGAUCCCUCGGUGUUUACCCCCCCGAGCACGUGCCAGACAGCCCAGCUGGAGAGGAUGAACGAGGACUGCUCCUGGUAAGCCUGUGAACGCAGAGGUGACAGCAACGGACACCAGAUGCCAGUGGUCUCAGCGCAAAAGGGAUUUGGGACUUGAGGAGAUGCGAAUCUUCAUUGGAGAUAAAUAUCAUAAUUUUAGGAGAAUAAACAUUGAUGUGGGUUUUUUUGUAUAUGUGAUUUUGACUACUUAAGUUAUGUUUACAGAAGGGAAUAGAAUGGAAUAGGUGGUAAUAUGAACUGAGGAGAUGGCUAACGUGGGGCUUCAGACGUUUGUGUAGCCUAUUUGGGUGCGAGCUUUCUUCGUGCGCAGUGGCACACACGGGAGUUGGGGUCAGAGGAGCAGUUCGCCUUGGCAGGGACGAGUAUUUUAUUACUGAUGUUCCUGCCCCCACCCCAUGCUCCCUUGGCUGCUGACAAAGUGAUCCCUUAAAAUCCCUUCCUGACUUAAGAGCUGUAUGGCAUGACCCGGGUGGGAGGAAAUGAAAAACUAUAAUACAAAGUAAAAUUCCUCUAAAAAGACAUGUUAAACAAGAGGGUUUGGAAAAUGUUAAUGUCUCUACCCGGGUAAGCACGAGCCAUAUAUGCUUCCUUUUUUCUAUGCAAGAAUAUUGAUCUAUGUGCUGAAUCAUCACAUACAUGUCAUAGAGCUAGAGACAGGGAGUAUUCUAAAAAUAGCACUGAACUGGGAGUCAGGAGACUUUGUCUCUGAAAUGCAGGACUAGAAUUCUCUUGUACUGGAACUCCUUUGAUUAACUAAAUGCACUGGGCUUUCCCUCGCCUCGGCCUUCCUCGGCCCUGUGUCACAACCUCCCUGUCUAUCCGACUCCCAUCCCUCCUCCCCAGGCCAGCUCACGCAUGGCCUUCAGAGAGCUGCUUCCAAGCCUGGACGGGGCGCACCUUGCAGCUUGAGCAUGCUGUUCACACAGUGCCUCCUAGGCUGUGUGUCAACUGCCUGUACUCACUGGCCUGGCUGUGAGCGCCUUGAGUACGGGUCUGUGUUCCGCUUACCUUCAUGCGCCCAGCACCAAGUAAGUGCCCGGCACGUGGUCAGUGCCCCGCACAUUGGUAGAGUAGAGAACGCUAGUCUCUCUGGUCCUUACUUCCUCAUCUGUUAAAUGCGAUUGGGUUUGCUGAUCUCCAGGGAGACUCGCAGUAAUAAAAUUUAUUAUUCUGGAUUCUUCUACUCUUGUGUGGCAUCUGGCUGUCUCUCUAUAUCUAUGUAUCUAUCUAUCUAUCCAUCUAUCGUCUAUUACCAGGAGAAAUGUGUGACACUUAUCUUACACUGAAAACAAUCUGUAUUACUCACAGUUUAUAUUAUUUCAAUAAACUGAUUUAAUUGCA